ACGAGCGCGGCGGAGGCGCCGGAGGGAAAGGCGCGCAGAGCCGCCCCGCAGCCCAGGUGCUGUGCAGGACGGAGGGACGCCCCUGCCCGCCGUGGCGCGCAGCCCCCGCCGCCCCCAGAUUAAAUCUCUGACAAUGAAGCCCUUCACUGCAUAUCCUUCUGGGUUUAUCGUAUUCCUAUUUACCCUGCUGCAGAGGAGCCAUGGACAAUGCAAAGACGCUGCUAAAAAAUCAGAGAUGAAUUUCAAUGUAAAAUACGAUCUUCCUAACUUCAUCGCAGAAACACCAAUUCAGAAUGUAGUUUUAUACAAGCAUCAUGUUUAUAUUGGAGCAGUCAACAAGAUUUAUGUACUCAAUGAAACUCUCCAGAACAUUUCUGUGUACAAGACCGGGCCUGUUUUGGAGAGCCCCGACUGUGCGCCAUGUGAAGACUGCAGAGAUAAAGCCAAUUUAUCUAACAGCGUAUGGAAGGAUAACGUUAACAUGGCACUGCUUUUAGAAACUUAUUAUGAUGAUCAGCUCAUCAGCUGUGGCAGUGUGUCCGGAGGCAUUUGCCACCGUCACAUCAUUCACCCUGACAACCCUGCUGACAUUGAAAGCGAGGUGCACUGCAUGUACUCACCCCAGGUGGAUGGAGAAGCAGAUAAUUGUCCCGACUGUGUUGUAAGCACUUUAGGAACCAAAGUUUUGGUGACUGAAAAGGACAGGUUUGUCAACUUCUUUGUUGGAAAUACUGUGACAUCUACAUUUCAACCUCCCCAUGUGCUGCAUUCUAUAUCAGUUAGAAGGUUAAAAGAAACACAGGAUGGUUUUGAGUUUCUCACAGAUCAAUCUUAUAUAGAUAUCCUUCCUCAGUUCCGUGACUCGUAUCCCAUUAGGUACAUACACGCCUUUGAAAAUGAUCACUUUGUGUAUUUUCUGACUGUACAGAGAGAAUCUCUUGACUCACAAGCUUUUCACACUAGAAUUAUACGCUUCUGCACUUUAGACUCAGAGAUGCGUUCUUACAUGGAAAUGCCUCUUGAGUGCAUUUUUACUGAAAAACGAAGAAAGAGGUCCAUCCGAAAGGAGGUAUUUAACAUUUUGCAAGCUGCCUAUGUAAGCAAGCCUGGUGCAGCUUUAGCCCACGAAAUGGGCCUUGGGUUGAACGAUGAUAUUCUCUAUGGUGUUUUUGCACAAAGCAAACCAGACUCUUCCGAACCAACCAAGAGAUCUGCUGUCUGCGCUGUCUCUGUGCGAACCAUCAAUGAGUUCUUCAACAAGAUUGUUGACAAGCAGAACAUGAAAUGUCUCCAGCACUUUUAUGGGAAGGAGAGCAAAUACUGCUUGAACAGGGCUUUUUCAAGAAAUGCUUCAUACUGCAGAGCACAAGAUGAUGAAUAUCGCUUAGAAGUUACGACUCCUCUGCAGAGGGUUGACUUGUUCAUGGGCCAGUUCAACAGUGUCCUGUUGACUUCGAUAUCUGUCUUCACCAAAGGGAACCUUACCAUUGCUAAUCUGGGAACUUCAGAGGGGCGCUUCAUGCAGAUAGUGGUUUCCCGUUCAGAACCCACAGCUCCACAUGUCAGCUUUCAGCUAGACUCCCACCCCGUCUCUCCCCAAGUUGUUGUCAAGAAUUCAUUAGCAGAUGAUGGUUAUACCCUGGUAGUGACUGGGGAAAAGAUAACGAAGAUCCCACUGAAGGGGCCGGGCUGCCAUCACUUCAGGUCCUGCAGCCAGUGCCUGCUGGCACCUGCCUUCAUGCAGUGUGGCUGGUGCAGCCAGCAGUGCCUCAGGUCUCCUGAGUGCCCCAACAGCACCUGGACCCAGGACACCUGCUUGCCUAGGGUUUAUGAGAUUCUCCCAAGCAGUGCUCCCAUAGAAGGUGGGACAAAGCUGACACUGUGUGGAUGGGAUUUUGGAUUCAGCAAAAAUAAUAGAUUUGAAUUAAAAAAUACAGUAGUCCAUAUUGGAGGACAAAUUUGUACUCUGGAAGGAAAAUCUAGCAACAAAAACAAGCUUGAAUGCACAGUUCCUGCUGCAAAAAGUCCAGGUUUUAAUAUAUCCAGUAGUGUUUCUGUUGGACAUGGCAAAACACUGUUCAAUACAUUUUCAUAUGUGAAUCCUGUAAUAACAAGUAUAUCCCCCACUUACGGCCCCAAAUCUGGAGGAACACUGCUAACUGUAGCUGGAAAAUACCUAAGGAGUGGAAAAUCAGUAAGGAUUUUUGUUGGUGAGCAACCAUGCACUUUGAAAAGUCCUCCCAGCAUACUGGCAAGCACUGUGGAGUGCUAUACUCCAGCGCAGCGAAUUCCCCAGGAAUAUCGUGUGAGAAUGGAAAUCGAUGAAGCUAUUCGAGACGCAAGCAGCCAUUUCACAUACAGAGAAGACCCUGUCGUUUUAAAAAUUCAUCCGUCCAAAUCUUUUCUUAGUGGUGGAAGUACAAUCACAGCUCAGGGAAUCAACUUGAACUCAGUGUGCUUUCCUCAGAUGGUGAUUACUGUACCUAAACUGGGAAUGAACUUCUCUGUGGCAUGUAGCCACCGCUCUAGCUCAGAGAUAAUCUGCUGUACAACACCUUCACUGAAAGUUUUCAAUCUCCAACCACCCUUUGUAACCAAAGUGUUCUUUAUUUUUGAUGGUGUCAGCUCCCUGUACUUUGAUUUUGAUUAUGUAAAUAAUCCUGUAUUUAAGCAUUUUGAAAAGCCAGUGUUCAUCUCAAGAGGCAACCAAAAUGUUCUGGAAAUUAAGGGAAAUUACAUUGAUUCAGAAGCUGUUAAAGGAGAGGUGCUAAAAGUUGGAAAUAAAAGCUGCGAAAACCUCCUCCUGCAGUCGGAAUCAAUUCUGUGUACGGUUCCCAGUGAUCUCCUGAAAUCCAACAGCGAGCUAAAUAUAGAGUGGAAGCAAGAAGUUUUAUCAACAGUUAUCGGAAAAGUGCUGAUCCGGCAAGAUCAGAAUUUCACGGGACUAAUUGCUGGAGUAAUUUCAACAUCACUUUUACUUUUUAUCUUUUUGGUGUUUUUCCUCUGGAGAAGGAAGAAGAAACAAAUUAAAGAUCUGGGAAGUGACCUAGUGCGUUAUGAUGGCAGAGUGCACACUCCUCACCUGGACAGGUUGGUGAGCGCAAGGAGUGUAAGUCCAACAACAGAAAUGGUUUCAAGUGAAUCUGUAGACUACAGAUCAACUUUUCUAGAAGAUCAGUUUCCAAGCAUGUCUCAGAACGGAUCAUGCAGACCUGCCCAGUAUCCUCAUUCUGACCUCUCCCCGAUUCUGUCUAGCGGAGACUCAGAUUUAGCCAGUCCACUUCUCCAAACUAAUGUCCACAUUGACAUCAGUGCCUUAAAUCCUGACCUGGUCAAAGAAGUGCAGCAUGUGGUUAUUGGUGCUGACAGCCUGAUAGUGCACUUCAGUGAAGUAAUCGGAAGAGGACAUUUUGGGUGUGUGUACCAUGGGACAUUGCUGGAUAACGAUAGCAGGAAAAUUCAUUGUGCUGUGAAGUCACUGAAUAGGAUUACAGAUCUGGAAGAAGUAGCUCAGUUUCUGAAAGAAGGAAUAAUCAUGAAGGAUUUCACUCAUCCCAAUGUUCUGUCACUCCUGGGAAUCUGUUUGCCCAACGAAGGAUCCCCGUUAGUUGUUCUUCCCUACAUGAAACAUGGAGAUCUUCGAAACUUCAUCAGGAAUGAGACUCAUAAUCCAACAGUAAAAGAUUUAAUUGGAUUUGGCCUUCAGGUCGCAAAAGGAAUGAAAUACCUUGCAAGCAAAAAGUUCGUCCAUAGAGAUUUGGCAGCAAGAAACUGUAUGUUGGAUGAAAAAUUCACUGUCAAGGUUGCUGAUUUUGGUCUUGCUAGAGAUGUCUAUGAUAAAGAAUACUACAGUGUGCACAAUAAAACAGGAGCUAAACUGCCAGUGAAAUGGAUGGCUUUAGAAAGUUUACAAACUCAAAAGUUCACAACAAAGUCAGAUGUGUGGUCCUUUGGUGUGUUGUUAUGGGAACUUAUGACACGAGGGGCACCGCCUUAUCCUGAUGUAAAUUCUUUUGAUAUAACUGUUUACUUAUUACAAGGCAGAAGGCUGCUACAACCUGAAUACUGCCCUGAUCCACUGUACGAAGUCAUGCUGAAGUGCUGGCAUCCAAAACCUGAGAUGCGUCCAGCAUUUUCUGAACUUGUGUCAAAUAUAUCAACAAUCUUCUCCACUUUUGUUGGGGAACACUACGUCCAUGUCAAUGCUACUUAUGUCAACGUGAAGUGCGUUGCUCCCUAUCCUUCUCUUUUAUCAUCACAAGACAACACAGAUAUGGAUGUUGACACAUGACGGGAAUGUCUGACAUAGAGGAAAAUCCAUUCUUAGUUGUAUGAACAAAAAGCAAAACAUUUUGUCCACUAGUUUUUACUGCCCGGUCUUUGUGAGAACACUGUUGCACAUGUUUAUGUUGUUGCCCAAGUUGCACUAGUACAAGGACACAAUAUCAUAUUGUUUAAGGCUAUGGGAUUCUGUAAACCAUCACAGUAAUUCCCAAGUAUUUGGACAACUGCAUCAAUUUACCAAAUGGAAAUGUGGUGUGCUACCACACAGAGCUAGUCCCCACAAACUGUCAUUAAUGUGCUCAGACCCAAGAAAAAAAAUUCGUCAUUAAUGCCAUGAAGGAGAAAGUAGAAUAUCAAUCAUUAUGGCUGGAAGGACUAUUACUGUGCAUGUACUUUAGAAUAAUGAGAAGUGCAGAAAUGGUUUUCACACAAAAGGCUAAGGCAAACAAUGAGAGUUACAAGAGUUUAAAAUGUAUUUUCCUCCUACAUGGUGCAAACUUUGGAUUUUUGCACUACAUCAACAAGGUUUUUAAGAACCUAGGCAGCCGAGAGAGCCAGCCUCGUGGUAAGUGUCUUAACAGAAAUCAAAAUCAAGAAAUGGUGUGCAGUAAAAUAAGUAUAGAAAAGUACAACUGUGUAGGGAGUGGGUGAGGAAGGCCAAGGCAAAACUGGAACUAAACCUGGCAAGGGAGGCAAAGAAUAACAGGAAGGGCUUCUACAGGUAUGUUAAUCAGAAACAGAAGGUCAAAGAAGGUGCAACCCUCCUGAUAAACAACACUGGAGAGCAGGUGACAAUGGGUGAGGAGAAGGCUGAGGUACUUAACUUUUCUGCCUCAGUCUUCAAUGGCAACCUCUCUUUCCACACCUCUUGAGCAGAUGGAAGACAGAAUGAGGACAGGGAGGGCAAAGCCACCCCACUGUAACUGAAGAUCAGGUUCAUGACCACCUGGGGAACCUAAAUGUGCACAAGUCUAUGGGGAUGCAUCCCAAAGUACUGAAGGAAUUGGCUGAUGCAGUUGCCAAGCCACUCUCCACGAUAAUCAGAAAAUCAUGGCAGUCAGGUGAAGUCCCAGGUGCCUGCGAAAAGAGAAACACUCUACCUAUCUUUGAAAAGGAAAGAAAGGACAACCCUGGGAACCACCAACCUAUCAGCUUCCCCUCUGUGCCUGGGAAGAUCAUGGAACAGAUCCUCCUAGAAGCUAUGUUAAGGCACAUGAAGGACAGGGAGGUGAUUUGAGACAGCCAGCAUGGCUUCAUCAAGGGAAAAUCCUGCCUGACAAACUGAGUGGCCUUCUAAGAUGGAACAACUGCAUCAGCGGACAAGGACUACAGAUGUCAUUUAUCUGGAAUUCUGCAAAGCCUUUGACACAGUCCCCCACAACUUCCUUCUCUCUCAAGGGGAGAGAGGCGGAUUCGAUGCGUGGUCUGUUAGAUGGAGACGAAGUUGGGUGAACAGUCACAUCCAGAGGCAACGAUCAGUGGCUCAGAGUCCUGAGGGACAUCAGUGCUGAGUGCUGUCCCUCAGGGGUGUGUGCUGGGACCAGUGCUAUUUCUUAUCUUCACUAAUGAUACAGACGAAGGGAUCGAGUGCACCCUCAGCAAAUUUGCAGCUGACACCAAGCUGAGGGGGGUGGUUGACACACCUGAUGCCAUCCAGAGGGACCUGGUCAAGCUCCAGUAGUGGGCCCACGGCAACCUCAGGAGGUUUAACAAGAGCAAGUGCAAGAUGCUGCACGUGGCUCAGGGCAGCCCCCUGUAUCAAUACAGGCUGGGGGAUGAACAGAGGGAGAGCAGCCCUGCCCAGAAGCACUCGGGGUGGAGCAGAGGCUGGACGUGACCCGGCAAGGUGUGCUCGCAGCCCAGAAAGCCAAUUGGACCCUGGGCUGCAUCAAAGGCCGUGUGGCCAGCAGGUCAAGGGAGGGCAUUCUGCCUCUCUACUCUGCCCUUGUGAAAUCCCACUUGGAAUGCUGCAUCCAGCUCUGGGGUCCUCAGCACAGCAAAGACAUUGACCAAAUGUAG